AAGCACUUAGAGAACAAAUCAAAGUCAAUGUCUAAAGAUUUAGAAUUCUACAACACAAAUCAACAAUUUGACAAGAUACGUCAACAAAGAGGCUCACUUCCGAUAUUUACACAAGCGGAGGAAGUUGUAACUAGUAUAAAUGACAACAUGAUCACAGUCCUUAUGGCUGCUACUGGUUCAGGUAAGACCACACAAAUGCCACAGUUGAUAUUAGACGAUGCUAUACAACAUGGUAGAGGUGCAAAAUGCAACAUUCUUUGCACCCAGCCUAGACGUAUCGCAGCCAUUUCUGUUGCACAAAGAGUUGCAUCUGAAAGGGGUGAGAAGUUAGGCAAAAGAGUUGGUUAUCAAGUUAGGUUCGAAUCAAAGAAACCAGAACCUCAUGGAUCAAUUACAUUUUGUACGACUGGUGUCUUUUUGAGACGCAUGCAAUCAGCUUUAGAAGAGAGCGCAGGAGAUAGCACUGAAGGAAAAGAUAAAUAUGGUAUGUUGGACGAUAUCACUCAUGUUGUUGUCGAUGAAGUACACGAGAGAGAUGUAGAUACUGAUCUCACUUUGGUCGUCCUCAAGCGUUUAAUAGCAGAUAGAAAAGCAAGAGGUAAACCACUGAAAGUCAUUUUAAUGUCUGCAACAAUCGACUCAGAUUUAUUCCAAAAUUACUUCGCUUCAGUUAAUAAUGACGUACCUGCACCAGUAGCUGAUAUACCAGGUAGAUCAUUUCCAGUGACUAAGUACUUUUUGGAUGAUUACCUGGAAGAAAUGAAAACUCUACCAGAGAAAGAAGGUGGAUGGGUAUUUAAAGAGAAGAACGUAAUGGAGUAUAUGAAGAAUGAAUUCAAAGAUGAAAUGGGUGGUGAUGAAUUGGAAAUACCCUAUCCACUUGUUGCACUCACUAUAGCCCAUGUUGCAAGGUUGUCUAGGAAUGAGGAUGGUCAUAUACUUAUUUUCUUGCCAGGAUGGGAUGAAAUUAAAGCAGUUCAGACUAUUCUCGAAGAACAAAAGCUUUAUGGUGUUGACUUCAACGAUCGUGGUAAAUACUCAAUUCAUGUUUUACAUUCAUCCGUACCAGUACAAGAACAACAGAAGAUUUUUGAACCUUGCGAAGAAGGAAUCAGGAGAAUUAUUCUUUCUACAAAUGUUGCUGAGACUUCGGUUACGAUUCCUGAUGUCGUAUACGUCGUUGAUGCUGCUAGAGUUAAAGAAAAAAGAUAUGACGCUGAAAAGCAUAUGAGUCAACUGGUUUCAGCAUGGGUAGGUAAAUCCAACCUUAAUCAACGUGCCGGUAGAGCGGGUAGACACCGUGAAGGUGAAUACUAUGGUGUUUUAUCUAAACGUCGCUACGAAUCACUGGCUGCACAUCAAACAGUUGAAAUGAAGAGAGUGGAUUUAAGUGAAGUUGUAUUGCGCGUAAAAGCACUAAAUUUCCCUGGUCUGGAAGUCGAAGAUGUUUUGGCUCAGGCGAUCGAGCCACCUGCGCCUGAAAGGGUUAAAUUAGCUUUAGAUAGGCUUUACCUGAUUGGUGCUAUCAACAAGAAGAAGGAAUUGACAUCCCUCGGUAAGGUUUUAUUGCAAUUACCAAUAGAGGCCCCAAUUGGAAAGUUGAUCUUAUAUGCUACAUUCUUCAGGUGUUUAGAUCCAGCACUCAGUUUAGCAGCUAUACUCACAAAUAGAGACCCAUUCGUUGCUCCACUUGAUCUCCGCGCUGAGGCCAACGCUGCGAAACAAAAAUGGUCUCAAAGGGAAUACAAGAGUGAUCCAUUUACAAUCCUCAACGCAUAUGAAACUUGGUGGGGACUCCAUAGUGCUGGUAAGCACUCCCAAGCCUGGGAUUUCGUCAAUGAGAAUUUCCUAUCACGUGCAACGUUGUUACAGAUUAGACAAGUUAAAGAACACCUCUAUAAAUCGCUGGAGAGUCUCAAAUUGACUGAGUUCCUUACCUCUGAUCCAGCACUCAACAAGGCCAAAGUAGGGAGCCAAGAUAAGGCAAAGAACUUGAGAAAGGGUGAAUUAGUUAUUCCAGAUUAUCUUAACGUCAAUGCGCAUUCGAAACCCAUGUUAGCUGCACUUAUCGCUAUGUCUUGCUCACCAAACUUCGCAUUGAGGACGGGUGACCGUAACCAUCGUACAGCUGCUGAAAAGAGUGUUUUCAUUCAUAGUUCUUCGGUUCUUCAUCCAAGAAAUGAAAAGGAUGAGGUUAGCUAUAGCAAGCAGUUACAAUAUGUCAACAAGCAUAUUGUUUCAUUCCAAGAGAAAACGAAGAACGUUUCAAAUCUUUCGGCUGGUCCACCAGGAAGAGAACCCCAAGUUAUGCUGAGAAUGUGCACCAAGUUGGACCUCAUGGUGUAUGCUCUCUUUGGUGCUGCUGAAAUAAAACAGGAUGGCGACCAAGUUAUCAUUGAUGAUUGGGUGGUGUUGUUUGGACAAAAGAAAGAACUUGAAUCUUUGCGCAAACUCAAAAUGAUGUUACACUCAUGUAUGUUGAGAGUAUUUGAAGGUGUACACGCCGGUAGUGCUCUCGAGCAAGCAGAGAUGUACAAUGAUGAGGAGAUUUACAAACUUGACAAUUUACUCGUUUUACAAUCUGAAGAGGAAGCUGAACAGGUAAACGAAGAGAAGUUGUCGCCAAAGGAGCAAGUUGAAUUGGAUUUGAUGGCCAAUAAUGUUGUCUUUUUGCUCAACCAGUGGGCUAAAGAUGCAAAUGACUAUGAAGAUAAGGUUUUUGGAAGGAAGCAGAUCAAUGUUACGAAGAAAGGCAAUGGUGCUGUGAAUAAGAAGUAUGCUAGCAACCCAAGCAGUGGUACAACGACACCAAAUAAUCAAGUCAAAGCUAUACUAAAGAGACCAGCAAGUCAGACUGGUAGCAAUAGCAGCGCUUAUGGAAGUAAUCAAAGCAUCCAUGCUAGUAAAAACACGAGCUUACAAUCAUCUCGAACAAAUAGCGCGUUCCCAAGUAGAAGUAACAGCAGCCAAAAUUUGACGAACAGCAGAAGUAAAAAUGACAAAGGAAUGGAAUCAUCUAGGUGGAGAUAAACCAUGUUUGUAAAGUAAUUGAUGUGUUAGAAUUAUUAGAAAAUUUUAGUCAAAGACGCGUGGAUUCUCGCCUUACUGAAUGUAUGUCCAUUGAUA